GUGGGUCUAAAUGAAACAUGGUGGUUUUACUGAGCAGGUUACCUGUCACAGACUGUCUGAAACUGUGUCACAGGGUGGUGGAUAGACUGUGUGGACGGGAGUCUCCUCGCAGGGGGGAUUACAGCGCCACCUGGAGCCUGGAGGAGUGGCUGGAGCUGCUUAACUCCCUGACAGCCCUGUUCCAGCUGGCGGUGGGGAACAACAGCUCUGAUGAAGAGGUGCUGGCUGGGCUGUCAGGUGUGGGACGCAGCCAUGCAGAGGCUGCGCUGAGUGUGCUGAGAGCCAGACAGGAGGAGAUCCGCUGCGCUUUGUUGGACAGAACCCACUCCAUCUCCUCUGCUACUCUGCAGGAUGUUGACUGGCAGCUUAAGUUAGCUCUGUCCAGUGAUAAGAUCUCGUCUCUCCACACUCCUCUGCUCUGCCUCAGUCUGGAUGUGAGAGAGAACAGAGUCCUCAGGUCUGUCACCAUGGAGAUGAACAGAGAGGAGUUAAACACGCUCAUCAGUUCGCUAGAGGCUGCAGUUAAGGUGGUGCUGCAGUUGAAGUGAUGGAAAUAUUGUGGACAACUGGUCCUAUUUAAGCUCAUAACUACAUUAAAUUCAGUGGAUGGAUAUGCUGUCAGAAAGUGUAAAAGAGAUUCUGUCCUUUUGUUGGAAUUGAACACUCUCUCUUUGUUGUGUUUUUGUAAUGCAGUGUUGUAUCAUGAACAUGUCAAAGUAAAGCUUUCUUUGCUCCUUCA